CAUCUGACAAUUAAUGUCCCAAUAUGACCAUUGCAUUAUCUGAAUUGCGUAAUCGUGUUUUGUACAUGUCUGUGUAAGCUGAACCGGUUAGUACUAGUUUUAUAACUAGCCUAGAAGCCAGAACAUCGACGCAUUAUGCCUUGUAGAAACAAGAUACAAACAAUGAAGGUUUCCAUUGGUUUAGUUGCCAGUCUGUUGUUGAUGUUUGUUGGAGCAAACAUGGCCAAAGAAGUAAUGAUGGAGGAAAAUGAGCUAGCUCACAAACUUGUCAAGAGAGGAAUACAAUUAUCAUCACCAACUCCACCACAAUGUGGGAAUAAUGGCGAUAGUUGCCGGUCAAAUAAAUGUUGUAUUGGUUAUAGUUGUGUGUACGGAUCCUGCAAGUCAUGUAACCCAAGAAAAUGCAAAAAGACCCGUGACUGCUGUGAUGACUCUAGCUGCGUUUCAGGAAACUGCAAGUCAUGUCUCCCAAGAAAGUGCAAAAAGACGAGAGACUGUUGUUAUGGAUCGAGCUGUGUCAUCGGGAACUGCAAGUCAUGUCAGGAAAGAACUUGUAAACGAAGCAAUGACUGCUGUGGAGGAUAUACCUGCUCCUACAAGAAAUGCGUACGUUCCAAGAAGGAAUAGGAGCGGAUCAUGUGCAAUAAGCUAGUAGAUAGACUGCCUUUGAAGUUCUCCUCCUUCAAUGAAUGAGAUUAUAUAAUAAAAUUCAUUUUAAAUGAUA